AUGGAUUACCAUACGAUUGGAAAGAUAUACUUUUCAAUAAAUUUAUGCCUGGUGUUAUUAUUGAUGUGGAGUGGUGUUCACUGGUACACAGAUUCAGAAUCUAAUAGAUGUAUACUCACCCGGAUGAUGGAUUUUCCCGAAUACGAUGAAGUCAAUGUUGAUUACCAACGGAAAUGCUACUUAGGCUAUGCCUUGUAUCAAUAUCGGGAAGGUUCCAGAUUCCGAUCCCGACUCUACAAUUCGCCAGUCUUGUUUAUUACAGGUUCUCAAGGAAGUUUCAAGACAGUCAGAUCAUUAGCAACAACUAUCCAGAAUUUUCCACAAUAUAGUUCAUCACUUGAUUACUACAGUGUUGAUUUCAAUGAAGAACCAUCUGCUCUCAGUGGUGAAAUUAUUGAACGUCAAACUGAUUUUGUAGAUAAAGCAAUCGAUACUAUAUUAGGAACAUAUGCAAACCGACCUAAUCCUCCUGAACAUAUUGUGUUAAUAGGUCAUUCUGUUGGUUCUAUAGUCAUUUUCAAUUUGUUAUCAUCACGUUGGAAUAUAACUCAAACUAAAGUUAAAUUAGUUUUAUCAUUGGCUGGUCCAAUUUAUCAACCAAUUAUUUUGCCAGACCGUUCAAUGGCGCAAAUUUAUCAACGUAUACACAAUUAUUUGGAUCAAAUUUCAAAUAUUCCCAAUUAUCCUUUAGUAAUUAUAUCGAUUACAGGCGGUUCUCGGGAUCGAAUUGUUCCUGAUUUACUUGGGAAUAUUGAUCAAGUUUAUCCUGCUUUAAAUUCACUCAGUUUAUCCACAUCUGCAAUUCAGUAUGUUUGGGCGUCUUGUGAUCAUCGAUGUAUUCUUUGGUGUUUACAAUUGAUGUUGGUAUUAAACAAAGGUUUACUUGUACAUAAUUCACUUUCUUCAGAUCCUAGUAGUCGGUUGAAUGUAUUUCGUAAUCUACUUAUUACAAGACCUUUGUUAUCGCAUACCAUUCAUCAUGAUCAGGAUAAUGAUCAAGAAUCCAAUUUCAAAUUGUCACAAAUAAUUUCAUCAUCAAAUAUGUUUUGGAUUGAUAAAACAAAUCAAACAAAUUCUAUCAUGAAUUUUUAUGUGCCUUAUAAUGGUCUGUUAGUUAAAUUUGGCCCAUUUUUCAUCAAUCCAGAACAACAUAUACUGAUCUUGGCCAGUCAUGUACCAGAAAACUGGCUUCAUUUAUGCAUAAAAAUAAAUCACAUAAGUAAUAAACAUUGUGAUUAUUUUGUUCCAAUCCCAUCAUCAUUUGUCACUUUGUUACCGAAUCCAUUAAAUGGAAAAUCAAUUACAGCUGGUUUAAUUACAUUAUCAAUGUUACAAAAAUUACAUAUGUUUCAUAACUUAUCACUACUACUUACAAAUCAAGAUAGUAUGGAUAAGUUAAAAUUGUAUUUGGUAGUUUCAACGGGUAUAAAUCCAUUUUGGGAUAAUAUGACAAUCUUUGUUGAUACAUUCGAUAAAGGUACUGAACGAAUUCACUCAGAUUUACCAUAUUAUUCAAGUAUAUCAUCCUAUCUUGGUGAAAGUUCUAUAACAACAUUUAUUCCUAAUAUCACAGGAAUAUUUCAUCGUUUUUAUUUACCGAAUGAAAAUUAUUAUCUAAGUUCAUCUACAAUUGGACCGAAUUUAUUGAUUAAACGGAAAAAUUGUUCUGCUGAUAGAAGAUUUAUGGGAAUGGUUACGUUGAAUACAAUUUGGUGUAAUUAUUUUCAUUAUGUUCCAAUUGGAAAUGAUAAAACAGAAAUAUCUUUUCAACUUCCAAUAUCAUCGAUAUCAUUUUCAAAUUAUUUCAAAGAAUCUCCUUCAUUUAUUGAUUUUUAUUUGGAUCCAAAUUGUGUUUAUGAAGUGUCUGUUUAUUAUUCUUUAAUCAGUUGGUUUUCUCAAUUGAUUCGUCUUCAUUGUACACAUUUUGCUGGAUUACUAUGUGGACAUCUAGUGUUAUCAUUAGUUAUAUUAACAUUUCGAUUGAUCUCAUUUAAUGAAAAUCAUUUGACGUCUAUCUCUGAUCAUAACUUCCAAUCCAUAAUUCAUGAGAUAUAUUAUCACCAGGCUGUUGUUUUAAUACAUUUUCUCAGUUUUCAACUACUAUCUUUACCAUUCUCUGAAUGGAUUGAAUUACACCAAACUGGACAACUUGGUUUACGUUUAAUCAACACCGUACAAUCAUUAUCCAUUAUACAUUUUACUAAUUAUAUUCAAAUAAUAUUAAAUCAUUUACCAUUAUUAAUUAUAUCUAUUCCAUAUGGAUUUAUUAUUCCAUUAUUCAAUUACAUAUUAGAUAAAGGAUUUUUAUUAUUAUCAUCAUCAUCACAAGUCAUUCAUCGUAAGGAUGAUUCUAUAAUGAAAGAAAAUGAUAAUUUAUCUGUUUCAUCUUCUACGUGGAUUAUGAAUAUUUCAACAUUAUGUAUUCUAUUUAUUGCUUGGUUAGUAACUGAAUCAUUAGCUGUUCUCUUACUCAGUUUGUUAUUAUUGAUCAAUAAUAUAACAUUGAAUCAACAAAAUUCUAUUAAUAAUAAUAAUAAUUAUCAAUUAUUGAAUAUAAAAAAAGAAAUUCCAAAAAAAUCAAUAAAAUUAAUUAAUAAUCAAUAUCAAAUUCAAUUAUAUUAUUAUUAUUAUUUAUAUUUAAUUAAAUAUCGUAUAUUUAUUAUAUUAAUAAUAAUUAGUUUAUAUAUGUUAAAUGAUUGGAUAUUAUUUAUUGAAAAUAUUAAAAUUAUUGAUUAUAGUAUUUCUAGUUUAUUUUUACAUUAUUCAUCUAAUUUACAAUUUAAUCAUACUAUAUCUAGUACAUUUAUUCUAUUAUGUACAUCAAUAUGGUUAUUACAAUAUGGUAUCAUUCAUAUUCAAUCACCAUCAUCGGUGUCAUCAUCUUCGCAAUCGCCGCCGUUGUCAUCCUCCUCAUCAUCGUCAUCUUUAUUCUUGUUAUAUAAUUAUCAUCAUCAUCAUCAUCAUCAUAAUUUUUUAAUAUAUAAAUUUUUAAUUAUUUUCUGUAAAUUAAUUCUUAUUUAUUUAUUAUUGAAUAUAUUUAAUUUAGUUAUAUCAUUAUAUCAAAUUAUAAAAUUUACUACAUUUACAAUUGAAUGUAUUAGUUUAUUGAUAUGGUUAUCAUGUAAAAAUUUAAUAUUAUAA